AUGCAGUUUACGCAGGCAGAGUCAACUGUUUUUACACGAGCCGGUGUGGAAGAUAUAAAAACCCAAUCAGCAUCAAAGCCUGAAAUUAUGAAAAAGUUUAUUAAGUCUAAAAUAGAUCAUAAUGAAACUACGAGCCGAGGUUCACCAACUAUUUUAGCCGAGCCACCCCCAAACGUUGGUAGAGAAAGAGCAAUGCCAGAUGUGCAACCGCCUUUGCCUUUAGAUCCGCCACCACCUGACGAGAAACCAAAUUUAACUUUAGAACUUAAACAGGAAAUUGAGGAUAUUGAAUAUCAAAACCCUGGUGAGGAAUCUUCUGAAACUUUAAACCCUGAGGGAGUAACCGCCGAAUUAAAUGGUGCAGAAGAAACUGACGGAAAUAAACCGAAACCAAUGUGCAGAGAUUUUAUUAGAGGAAGGUGCACAAGACCAGGAACCUGCAAAUUCAGUCACAAAUGUGAUGUAUCACAACUGGUUGGUGUCUAUACAUUCUGCAGAAAUUUUCAAAAUUGUGUAUGCACUCUCCCAAAUUGUAAAUAUGUUCAUGCUACAGUUUUUGAAGAACAACAUUUUUAUAGAACAGGAGAAUUGCCACCACAUGCUCUAGCCCAUCACAAAAAGGUGAAUAUUUUACCACCGCCGCCGCCGCCGCCGCCUCCAGAAGAGGCUCCGCUAACUUUUGAUAAUCCACCACCGCCUGUGCCGCCACCGACUGCAAGUGUCGUAAGACCAUCGUCGAUUAUAGGCGUUGCAACUACAGAGAGGUCGAAUGAUGAUCAAAGUUUUCGGUCAUGUGUAAACAUUGCCAGAUCAUCAUCUUUAAAACGUGAUUGGACGCAGAUAGGCUGUGCGGCGCGAGUUCUGGAGGCCAGUGGACAUGUACCAUAA